AUGGACAGGCUGUCACCACUCAUCUGUGAAGACAGAAAAUCUGUUGAGAACAUCAGGCUGUUUAUCAACCCACACAUGUUUUGUCAAGGACUUAAAUGCAGGGCUGACCCCUUCAGGUCCACAUCUGCACUCAGUGUCACUGCAACAGCACUACUCUGUGUGAGAUUUGACUCUCCAGCUAACAAGAUGAAGAACAGGACUGAGAAGUUUGGAGCUCAUCAGCCUCAGCACGGUCUGCUCAGGAAGAGCACCACCUACCUGGCCAAGAUCGCUGUGGUCCUACAAGAUGCUCCAGGCAAGAUGCUCACUUUUACUCAGUUGAUGGACAGGCUGGCACCACUCAUCUGCGAAGGCAGAAAAUCUGUUGAGAACAACAUCAGAGUCUGUUUAUCAACCCACUCUUGUUUUGUCAAGAUUCCAGUUGUCCCAGAUUCACUGGAUAGUAAGAGGAACUAUUGGAAACUGGAGCCCAGUCAGAUCACAGCAAAGAUGGUGCGUCGUCACUUCAAAGGGAUCCUGCAGCUCUUCCCUGAGCUGGCCUCCAAAGUGGAAACAGAGAACAGGAGCAGACCAUCAGAGCUCUGCUCAGCUCUCCACUCUCCUGAACCUGCAGCCUGCAAAGCUGCUCAGAUCAGAUGUGAGGUGAAGUUCAGCAGUCCUUUCUCCAUUGAAUCCAUCCUGAGGAGAGACGGUCCCCCAGCUCGGCCCUCAGGAUCUUCUCCUCUGUCCAGUGUGCCAAUCAGAGCAGAGCAGCAGUAUCGGUCCACACACAGACAAGGUGGGACAAAGAGGAGCUUCACCUGGGACUCUGAGGAGGCUCUCCUCCUUCAAACUUCAGCUGGAAUUUCCCCCAUCUGGUCAACAGGGGGCAGCACACACCAUGGACUCACUGCUAAUGGAGCUGCUGAGCCCAUCAAGAAGAUGCAUGUGUGCACAGAGCCCUCAUUCUCCGUCUACACAGGAGCUGCUCCGUAUUUCACCAGCCCACACAGCAGUUACAUCACUCACUCUGUACCAGCAUUUACCCAUGAUGCUCUUCGUUUCUGGCUGUAAUGUGUUAGGGUUAGGGUUAGCCUAACCCUACCUGAUAUGAAAGCUUUCUGGAGCACUUUAUGUUUUCAAUAAAAUGUUAAAAGAAAUUUUUUGAGUUCAAAAUAAGAUUCACACUCACAACAAUCCACACUUGCCGCUGUGAUGCCAACGAUUUAUU